AUGUCUGUAGAAUUACCAAAGGCUAUACUCUACUCAUAUGACCAUUCCGUGUGGUCCACAGUGCCAAGAUUGUGUCUGUACGAAAAGGGUUAUGGCGAUGAUGAAUACGUGGUCAAGCAGGUGGACAUUUCCAAAGGAGAGAACUUUGCACCGUCAUAUCUCAAGAUCAACAUGCAUGGAACCGUCCCAACCCUCGUUGUGCCCAUGCUCGAAACGACAGGAGCCGAAGUAGCAAGCAGAUAUCGUUCUUUACGCGACACUAUUAGUAUAUGCGAAUUUCUCGAUCAAGCUCGAAGCCCUCAUACUCACAAUACGACCUCUGAUCGUCCUGCUCCUGUUCUUUCUCCAGCUACCAUAGAAGGUAAAUCCGUAUCGGAUAGUUUGAUCGCAUUGUGUCAUUUACCAUCUGUGGAUCCAAACUUUCUCGUCAUUGCAUGUCAAUCUCCAGAGGAAUUACGAACCAAAGCAGCCGGAAGCCAAGGAGCUAUGUUGAGCGCCCGUCAUGAUGCUCUUCAAACGUAUUUGAAAGAGGCCAAACAAAUCGCUGCUGAUAGUCCUUUGAGUAGUAGUAAAGAUAAAGGUUUAACGUACGAACAAAAAACCGUGGUUUUCCUCGAAGAAAAAGCAACAGCGAAUGAAGUAGUGUGGGAAAUCUAUAAUGGUAAAGCUGGAGAAGAACGAGAAAAAGCAUUUUUCGUCGCUAGUAAAAAAGUUUGGACCCAUGGCAUACCCGAUGUUUUGAGAAAGAUGGAAUCUUAUAUUCGGGGACCUUAUCUUUUGGGAGAUCAAGUGUGCCUGGCAGAUCUUCACGUCAUCGCUUGGCUCUCUCGAAUCAUCGAAUUAAGCGGCGGUACGAAAACAGCAAGUGGUAUCGAAGCUUUAGAAUCCCUGACGGGUCAUAAAGUCGGUCCGAAGAUGAAGGCCUUUUGGGCGUUAUGGAUCGAGAGACCUAGUUUCAAAUCGAUUUACGCCACGGGACUUCACUGA